GCGUCGUAGGACGGACGGGGGCCGGCAAGUCUUCUCUCGUACUCGCCAUUUUGCGCAUCCUGAGAGCUUCGCAAGGACGCAUCCUCAUCGACUGGCGUCGACAUUGCGGAAGUUCCACUGAAAAGACUGCGCCGCGCCAUCACCGUCAUUCCGCAGGACCCCAGCCUGGUCCGAGGCACGUUGCGCAUGAACUUGGAUCCGACAUGCUCACACUCCGACGACCAGCUGUGGCAGGCGCUGCGCAACGUCCACCUGGAACUCCUCGUUAAAGGUCACCCAGCCGGACUGGACAUGGAGACCGCUGACGGGGGCACAAACCUCAGCGUCGGUCAGCGGCAGCUGGUGUGUCUCGCCCGCGCCCUGCUGCGUGGCUCUAAGGUGCUGCUGCUGGACGAGGCCACCUCGCAGAUGGACGGCGACACGGACCGCCUCAUCCAGACGACGCUCAGGGAGGCCUUCGGGAACAGCACGCUGAUCGCCAUAGCACACCGGAUACACACCGUGCUCGACUACGACAGAAUACUCGUCAUGGAUGACGGAAGAGUGAGGGAGUACGACACGCCCGCCUCUCUGCUCUCCGAUCGUAGUAGCUGCUUCUACAGGAUGGCCACGGACGCUGGCGUCGCGACCGAUCGAAGAGAUCACCUGCUCGCCAUCACAUCGUUGUGACAAGACCUUUCUAAAUAAACAUUAGAUACAGCGAAGCUGCUGCUGA